UAAAUCAAUCUUUGGAGGAAAAAUAAGAAUGAAUUAAUGAGCCAAUGUCUCCACUUCCAUUACCAGGCUUCUCAGAUUAAGAACAAUGGCUUGUUGGAAUCCUUGUCCUACUAACCCCCUUCCUUCCGCCACAACCAUAUUCAGUGCCCCUUUUCUGCAUUCACACAAGUAGUAUAUAUUGCCUCAAUGCCUAUCAGAUAGCAUGGUUUUUAAUAGAUGCUCAAUAAAGAUUACAGAUUUCUGUGACAGAAUUGGAUCUACAUUCCAACCGUGCAGCGUAUUUAGUAUCCAACGUUGGGCCAACCUACUAGACAGCUCUGUGGCUCACUUUGUUCAUCUAUAAAAUGGGGAUAAUGAAAACAAAGAGAAAAGGACAGUGCCUGACACAGAAUAGGCACUAGGAAAUAAUAGUUGCAUUUCCCCUUGUUCAAUAAAUGAAGGACAUGUUAUCUGGACUUUGCUCUCUGACAGGCUCCCAUGAAGCUUCUUGGCUUCUAGAUAGAGGGAUCAGUUUGUUAAUUCAGUAACUUGACUUUUCAAGGCCAUUGAGUCAUCCCAACCACCCUGCUUCUUAGUAUCACCCAUAACCUCCCUCAUUAUAUCUCGUUUACGCCUAGAACUUGAGUGUUCCACCCUGUAGUGCUGCUCAGUGGCAGUUUCCCUGGAUCAGACAAUUCUUGGUCUGGGUUACUAAAGCCCGUGGGAUUAUCCUAGCUCUUGCAAUCCUGCAGAAUUUUCAAUUUUCCGAGAAUAAGAGAUUCCUCUGACCCAGUGCUCCUACCUGAGAGCACAGUGGCCUGUCUCUCCCAAGACAUUGAAGACUGACUAAACGGGAGGAAAGGGCAAAGACAAAGUCAAACAUAAAUCCAGUAGUUCGAACUUGAGUGGAUGGAGGAGUGUUGGUAUCAGGGACAGAACACCUCGGAUGCAGAAAAUGAUGAUGUGAAGUUAGCAGAUUUUGUUUCAGAUUCUGAAACAUUUUAUCUUUUUAGCUAUCAAUGGGAGAAAAUAAAUGGGAAACAAACUAUGAAUAGAACUAACCAAAAGUCAAAGUGACAGUACUCCGAAGAGUAACGUAAUGAUGCAUAUCAAGUAUUAUUAGCACAUAAUCAUGUGAAGUAUCUUGGGAGAUUUUAAGUAAUUCAAAUUAUGUAAGGAUGAAAUCAGAAUGUAUAACGCUGUCCAUUUUGGGGAUUAUUUACUUCAUUCUUUUAUUAAGUAAUUAUUUCUGAUUCUUUAGUUGACAGGCUUCCCCGUCAUUUUAAAUGGCGUCCCUCUUUGUGUACUUUAUAUAUUCUCACAUAGUUAAGAAUAAAAUUCUUCUGUGAAGUAGUUUCCUGCAGUUUUUUUUCUUUUCUUUAAAUAAUUGGUUUUCCGUAGACAAAAUAAAGUGUUAUACCACCUUGCAGCCUCACUGUUAGAAAUGAAGAAAGAGGGGAAAACGCAGGAAGACCCACACAUACCACAAAAAUGGAGAGUAUCCAAGUCCUAGAGGAAUGCCAAAACCCCACUUCAGAUGAAGUCUUGUCCUGGUCUCAAAAUUUUGACAAGAUGAUGAAGGCCCCAGCAGGAAGAAACCUUUUCAGAGAGUUUCUCCGAACAGAAUACAGUGAAGAGAACCUACUUUUCUGGCUUGCCUGUGAAGACUUAAAGAAAGAGCAGAACAAAAAAGUAAUUGAAGAAAAGGCCAGAAUGAUCUACGAAGAUUACAUUUCUAUACUAUCACCAAAAGAGGUCAGUCUCGAUUCUCGAGUUAGAGAGGUGAUCAAUAGAAAUCUGUUGGAUCCUAACCCUCACAUGUAUGAAGAUGCCCAACUUCAGAUAUAUACCUUAAUGCACAGAGAUUCUUUUCCAAGGUUUUUGAACUCUCAAAUUUAUAAGUCCUUUGUUGAAAGUACUGCCAGCUCUACUUCUGAAUCUUAAUUUUCAUUUAAAAAAAAAUCAUUUUGGAGGGCUGGGGUGGGAAAUAAAAGUAGUUAAAUAACACCAGAAACUGAGUUCCUGGAGAACUACAGUUUAGGAUUCCUCAGGCUACUGUGAAAAUACAACCACAUGGUCUUUGUCUCCAUUUUUAUCAAGGUUAUCCUGGUUAAGUUUGGAGAAAAUACCACAUAAAAACAAUGAAUUGCCAAAUUAAGUUUGUUUUAUUCAACACUCAUUCUCCUUGCAAGCAAACUGUAUUUGUAGUCCUCUGAACAGUCUCCUAGUGUAUCCCCAGAGACUGCAUGUGCAAAGUAAAACUGCUUCAUUUGCCACGUAGCUGUUGUAAUAUUUAAUCCAAUGGCAUAACUUAUAUCUGUAUUUAAGGACUUUUGUGCAAUAUGGUCUUAUAGAAAUAAUUGCCAAAAAAAUUGGCUGUGGUUUGCGUUUUUAAAUAUACUCUAAGACAGAAAAAGCCAACUUUUAAGUUGUAACAGAGGUAUUCAACAUGCUAAAUACUGUGUUCAGUACAUUUCAUUUUGAAGCCAAUAUUUCUGUACAUGGAAAAAGAGCUAUUUAUCUCUGUUUGUUGGGAAAUCCUAAUGGGGGAUUCCUCUGGUUGUUCACUGCCAAAACGGUGGCAUUUUCUUUAUAGAAUAGUUUGCUAUGUAAAAAAAACAAAAUAAACAGAUAAUAAGAAGAAGAAAAGAGAAAAAAAGCACAAAACAAUUUGAAGAUAUUUUAUCUCAAUGACAAAUUAAAGAGUGAUAAUUGUUUUUAAUUGUAAUAGAAGAAAAUCUAUGUAUAUAUCAGAUGUCCAAUACUGUAAUUAAUUUAUUAAAGACUGGCUCUCCAGUUCUAAAAUGGUUGUGUAAAGUAUGUACUUUAGCAAGAAAAAAAAAUACUAAGCUCGAUAACUUAGUUUUGGAAUAUAAAAAAAAGGAUUUAAUAAAGGAAUGCCUAAAUGUAGCAUCAUAAAACAUUUUGAUGAAUAGCAUCUGUCCUGUGGCAUAUUUUCCUUGAAAGCAAAAUCCAAUGAAAAGCUAAGUUUUUAACCAAGAGAAGUUUUGUAAGGGUUAUGAAGAAGAUAAUUCUCUAUUUCAGACCUUAACUGUUUUCAUAGUAUCUUCAGAAUGACUUAUUUUAAAAAUGUUAAAACCAAACUAUUAAUACUCAUCCGUAAUUGAAAGGCAGUACAGUGCUCAAAUCUUCUAGCUGCCGUUAUUAUUUUUUAUAAGCACCACUAAAUCUUUAAGACAGAAUACUUGCCUGAUAUUGGCAUGUACUUUUGACAUUCAAGAAAACCGUGUCCUAUCAUGCACACACACACAAAAGUCAGUGUCAUAUUUAUAUCAAGGUGUUACAUUUGAAUAUUACUAUCCCCUGGAGGCUAUUUUUUUAACUUAAAAUAAAUAUAGUAUUGAGUCACCUAAAGUGAAAGUUUUAAAAAUAUUUAUAUCCACUGAGAAUACUGGCCUUAUAUUAAGGAUGAUAUUAAAAUUAUAGGUUUUAUCAUUUUUUAACUACCUCUCAUUUUUUAAUUUAUUAAACAUUUUUAAAAUAAACAAGUUUGGGGUUUUCUUUUUAAAAUUUAUUUUACUUGAAAGUUUGGCAUCAUAAGUUUCUUUUUCCAUAAAACUUAAGACAUUUCAAGAAUUGUUUUUUUAAGUGAAUUUGAUUUUUCUAAUUUAUAUAGAAUUCAGGAGAUAUGGUUAAAAGGGCUAUUACCUAUUCCCUAUGCAAAUAUUUUAACUGUUGCAGUGUUUGACAAAAUGGGAUUUAAAAAAAGUUUGCAGAGUAGAAAACAAAAUGUUCUGUUUACACUGGCGUUGCUGACUAUCCUACCAUAUUCAGCACUUUUAAAUACAUAUUUAUGAAAAUGUAGUUAGAAUACAAGAUAGAAAAUAUUUAUAAUAAUCAUUUCUUUUAACAAAUGCCUGUUUUUGUCUGAAAGUGUUAGUGCGUUAAGACAUACUUUAUCCAUGUCAAUUAGAUAUUUCCUAUUUGAAUAAUAGGUUUCAGUAAUAUGUUGAAAAAAAGAUAGCUAUGAAGAUGUUUACAAAAAGUCCUAUUUUUUUUCCGAAAGAGUGAAGAAAAACCUACAAGAAUCAUCACUUCUAUUGUGAAGUUCUAGUGUUCCUAAUUUAAUUUUUUCUUGAGUAGAAUUGAGUUUAUCAUGCUUCUAUGAUGUAUUCACAUAUAUGUUGUAAUAUCAUACUUGUUGCUAUGUUUGAGGCACAAUAAAUUGGUGCACAUGACCAGAAAAUAUGUAAUAUACUAAGAUACACCGCAUGCAUCAAUCUUUUUACAUGUAGACUUUAUAUUCUUGUUGUUACUAUAUGAUGGUGACCUGCUAGCCAUAAGUUAUCUUUAUAAGAUACUUUGGACUAUUAGAUGAAUUGUCUGUUUGACAAUACCUUUAAUAUUUUACCAAAUGUAAAAGAUAAGGGCCCUUAUAAAGAGUCCUAAUCUCUAACCUGGGCAUUUGUAGAAUACAGACUUUGAAGUUAGUGUAUCCUUUUGAAACCUGAUUAGGAAGUUGGGUUGAGAAUGAUUCUAGAGCAGAUUUACACAUCGGAUGUCGGUAGCCAUGAUAUGCGAGCAUUUCUGCGCUAAAGUCCUAUUUGGGUGGGAGGGGAGGUUUCUCAAUUAAUUUCAAAAUGUUUAAAGUUUCUGUCUACGAGUACGUCUGUAUAUUUGCAACUGUACCGAUUUUUAAAGUAUGGUAUAACUCCUUCUGUUUUAAUUACAGAGCUAUAAUAAAAAAAGCCCUCAGCUGGUGUCUAUGCUACCAUUCCAAGAGCACAAUAUUUGUUAUGGUAGAAUUUGAUUUUUCCUAGUGAAAAUAUUCCUCCCUGGGGACAAAUUAGCACUUUAGAAGGUACACUUUGUGUUUUAGAUUGUCAGGAUAUCUUUGUGUAGUGUUAGAAUCUGCUAAUGCACACAGAAAGACAUUAAUGCUCUUUCUGUAGUGCCUAAAUUCAGAGGUGUCUAUCAUGGAAAGAAAAGUGGAGGGUAUAGAUUAUAUAUAAAUACAUACAACUGAAUUGGAGAGCCAGAUUUCUUCAGAGAUGGAUCUUGUACAUAGAUCACACUAAUAAUGGAUGGAUGAUGCUUCUUCUUCUUUACUCUGGAUAAUUGUUAUUAUGUUACUCAAAGGUAAUACAGAUGUUCCAACAGUGUUAUAGGGCAGCUCUAAGCACAAUGGGUGCACUGGCAUAUGAACAACAAUAGCAAAACACAAUUUUGAUAUCAAUGUUAUGGAGUGCAAAAAUCAAGACCAUAAUAUGGUCUUUUUUUAAAAAAAAAUCUUAAAAUAUGUACAUAGGAUGACCAGUUCUGAUAUUUGGUCAUGGGGCAUGGGGUGUUUAUUAGUAUCCUUUAAUGCUGCCUAGGUUCUUACUUACAGAAUGAAACGCAUAUCAUAUAUUUACCUGAUAGUUCAGUUUUGCAAAAGGACUAUAGAAAUAGGUAAAUAAUGUUUAUAUAUUAGGGGCAAAAAUACAUUUUCACCCCAUUAAGCUUACUUAAUAUUUCCUUAAUUUUGAACGUAUCCAUUUUUUUCUGUACACUUUUAACAUAUUGAAAAAAUGUCAUAUUGUUAUUGUGACAAGUUACAUUUGCAAAAGAUACAACAUAUCAGAUGCUUUGAGGAGUAAAUAUAGAAGGAAGAAAUUUUAAAUACAAUCAGAAAAUAGGAAAAUAAGAACUCUUUCAAAAGCCCACCUAAAAUUUCUUAGGUCUAAAAUGCCUAUAGAUAGAACCCUAUCAAACAUGAAUUUUAAAAACUGCUCUGGAUGCAAUGGCAAAUUAUUUUGAAAGGUGGUAAAGACAGUUCCAGAAAACUUUUUUGCCUGUGUAUUUAUAUUGACAGCUUCUGACCCUAAUUUUCAAAUAUAUUAUGCAAACAUUUAUAUUUGCAUGCUUUUUUCAGUUCUUUUUAAAUUUCUGACCAAUAUAAAAUGCUUGUUCUCCUGAGAAAACAGUAUUAAGUCUGUAAAAGUUUUAGUUAUUCCUCACUUGUUACAACUGCAAAUAUUUAUCAAUAAAACUGAUACCAAAAACUUGGCUUCUGAUCUUCCCUGCAACGUUCUUAAUAGUAUCCUCACCACACAUGAUGGUGUAUAGACUGAUACUGUUGUUACCAAAUACCAGGCUUUACUUAUAAAUUUGAAUUCAAGUUACAGAUCUGUCUCAUGGGACUUUGGACAAAUACUAUAUGGAACCUCUCUGAGCCUGCUUCCUCAUCUUCAAAUGGGGAAUAGAAUACUUUAUUUACAGGGUAGCCAUGAGAAUUAAAAGAAGUCAACAUGGAAAGAAUGAAGUUUUACAUAUAUUAUUACUACUUUAUCAAAGUUCUCCAGCUCAAUAAUUAUUCCCAUUUCAAGAAUGUAUGAAUUAAAUGCCACUAUUCUUUAGAAACCAUACUUUAAAAAUCUGAUUUUGUUAUUCAUCAAACAAAUACAACCACGCUUAUAUUAAGGUGGGGGACUAUAUGAAUCUGUUACUACUUUGUUCAGUAUGAUUCAGAUUCAGUUGUCAGUGCACAAACAUCACACUGAACACCAAGCAGUAUGUUUCUUUCAAUGACACACAUACACAGAUAUAUGUGCAUAGAUGUGUGUAUGCCUAUGUGUGUAUAAUAUUGUAGGCUUAAAGUAAAUGUUUAAAUAAGACAAAUAAAAAAUA